AUGUUCAUGUUUCAGCAUGGUAAAGUUAUUUGUAAUGUCCUAGAAUCAUCUGAUCUGAAGAACGUGCUUAAACUGCUCCAGUCACUGGUCGCCAACGUGGACGCCAACGUGGACGCCAACGUGGACGCCAACGUGGACGCCAACGUGGACGCCAACGUGGACGCCAACGUUAAACAGGUUCAAUUGGAAAACAAUGCAGUGGAAGCAGCAGUGAAAAGGUUUCAGCAGGUCCACAUUCUGUCCAAUGACACCGCAGGGGGUGCACAAAAUGAGACAAGUCCAGUCACUCAUAAUGAUCAGAACGCCACGCUUAAUGACGCCGGCAGCAACACGACGUUGGACGACGCCGUGAAUGCCACGCUUAAUGACGCCGGCAGCAACACGACGUUGGACGACGCCGUGAAUGCCACGCUUAACGACGCCGGCAGCAACACGACGUUGGACGACGCCGUGAAUGGCACGCUUAACGACGCCGGCAGCAACACGACGUUGGACGACGCCGUGAAUGGCACGCUUAACGACGCCGGCAGCAACACGACGUUGGACGACGCCGUGAAUGGCACGCUUAACGACGCCGGCAGCAACACGACGUUGGACGACGCCGUGAAUGGCACGCUUAACGACGCCGGCAGCAACACGACGUUGGACGACGCCGUGAAUGGCACGCUUAACGACGCCGGCAGCAACACGACGUUGGACGACGCCGUGAAUGGCACGCUUAACGACGCCGGCAGCAACACGACGUUGGACGACGCCGUGAAUGGCACGCUUAACGACGCCGUGAAUGGCACGCUUAACGACGCCGUGAAUGGCACGCUUAACGACGCCGUGAAUGGCACGCUUAACGACGCCGGCAGCAACACGACGCUGGACGACGCCGUGAAUGCCACUCUGCAUGACGCGGGCAGCCACGGCAACGUGACUCUGGAUGACGUGGGCAGCUACGGGAAUGCGACUCUGGACGAUGUCAAUGAGCCAAGUGGCAACCACACAUCCAAUGAAAAGGAGAGCAGAAGGCGAAGACGUGCUAUGCCCUUCAGAAGAACCCUUCGGUGACAAUGGAGGGACUGACCCUAAAAGGCUUCGUGUACUGCAGCAGUUCAUUUUGUUUCAAAGAUGUGUUGCAUAAGUACUGCCUACUUUUCUCUUAAAUAAAAUCUUAACUUGAACUGU